GGUCCCCGCAGUUUCCUGCUAACCACUCCCAAGCCCAGAACGCGGGAUUGGAGGGGCAGGUGUUGCUAGGCAACGGGAGCGCCGGCUGAUAUACACAGCGGCGGAAUCCAGCAAGGACGCAAAGCCCUCCCCGCCCCCUUCAGCGGGGUUCACUUUCUGCUCCCUCCUACGCCACGGCUCUGCGCCCCCCCUUCCUCCACCGCAAAAAUGGCUGAGGAAAGGUAUGACAAGCUUGCAAUAGAAGAAAAUGCCUUUGAAGCCUUGGAAAAAGACUUCCAAGAAGUCAUCAAUGAACUUACAGGAGAUCAAAGCUUGGAAAAAUUUCGUGUGGAAUAUGAGAAGCUCCAUGCAGUUAUGAAAAAGUCCUAUGAGAAUGAAAAGCGUCUCAUGGCAAAAUGCAGAGAACUUAAUGCAGAGAUUGUGGUGAAUUCAGCUAAAGUGGCUACUGCUCUGAAGCUCUCUCAGGAUGAUCAGACAACAAUAGCAUCACUGAAAAGGGAAAUUGAAAAGGCCUGGAAAAUGGUGGAUGCGGCCUACGAGAAGGAGCAGAAAGCAAAAGACACCAUCUUGUCUCUUAAAGAGGAAAUUGUGAAUUUGACUAAAUUAGUGGAACAAGGAUCAGGAUUAUCUCUAGGACAAGAACACAACAUGCGGGAACUGCUAAGAUUUAAGGAAGAAGUAACAAAGGAGCGAGACCAGCUUUUGUCAGAGGUUGUUAAGUUACGAGACAAUGUAACAAAUAUGACAGACCAACAGACAGAGGCAGAAAAGACAAAAAUUGAGGCAGAUACCACCAUUGCUCAGCUCAGUCAGGAAAUCCAGUUGCGUCAGAAUGAGGCUUCCCGUGAGUCCCGAAAGAAAGAGAAAAUGGAGAGGGAACUGAAACAGCUUCACCUUGAUUUGGACAACAAAAUGGCUGAAAUGAAAGCAAUGCAGCAGGGGAUGCAUAAAAACAAGGAGGAACUGCUGAAGCUUGAACAGCAACUCAAAGAGCAGAAGAUCCUGAAUGAAAGAGCCACGAAAGAACUUGAACAGUUUCAGUUGAGAAAUUCCAAACUCCAGCAAGAUAAUGAACAGCACAGCUUGGCCAUUGAACAACUCAUGCAAGAAAACCAGCAGAAAACCACAGAGCUGAGAGCAAGAGAAGAUGAGGUGUCUCAGAUGCGUCAAGAAAUUGCAAAGCUUUCCAAAGUAAGAGAGCUUAUGCAGCGAAAACUACGUACUGUGGAGGAACAUAAAACACAGGCAGAAUCUGAAAGAGACACCCUUAAAAAUCAGAUCAGUGGGCUGGAGAAAGAGUUGGAAGCAGCAAGAAAGCAAGGAGAAAUUGAUAAAAAAGCUAUAGAUGAACUUGUGAGAGAAAGGGAUAUCUUGAACAAGAAUUUGCUCAAAGCUGCCAGUGUCACUCAAAAGCAGAUGAACCUUGUUAAGCUCCAUGAACAAUCAAAGAAGAAUCUGGAAGAGGAAAUUCAAAAUUUUAAGGAUGAAGCUCAGAAACAGAGAAAGAUUAUUUUUCAGCUGGAGAAGGAGAGAGACCGCUAUAUCAAUGAAGCUAGUGAGCUCACACAAAAGGUCCUUCAUCAUAUGGAAGAUAUCAAAGUGCGGGAAAUGCAGAUCUUUGACUACAAGAAGCAGAUAGCAGAAUCUGAAACAAAAUUAAAACAGCAGCAAAAUCUCUAUGAAGCUGUGAGAUCAGAUAGAAACCUCUACAGUAAAAAUUUGAUUGAAGCACAGGAUGAGAUCAAUGAGAUGCGAAAGAAGUUGAAGAUUAUGACACAUCAGGUGGAUCAGCUGAAAGAAGAGAUCACGGCUAAAGAAGCAGCCCUUGUGAAAGUGCAUUUGGAUCACCAGAGGAUUGAAAAAGAGAAAGAGGCAUUAAAGAGUGAACUACUUAAAAUGAGACAACAAGCUCUGGAGACUAAACAUUUUAUUGAAAAACAAGAAGAGGAAGAAAGAAAACUCUUGAAAAUUAUUUCUGAGGCGGAUGCAGAGAGAAUGAGGCAGAAAAAAGAGUUAGACCAGGUUAUUAGUGAGAGAGACAUCCUGGGGAGCCAGUUGGUUCGCCGCAAUGAUGAAUUGGCUCUUCUGUAUGAGAAGAUUAAAAUUCAGCAAUCAAUUCUGAAUAAGGGGGAAAUGCAAUAUCGACAAAGAGUAGAAGAUAUCCGGCUGCUUAAGCUAGAGAUCAAGAAACUGCGACGAGAGAAAGGAAUACUUGGCAAAAGUGUGGCUAACGUGGAAGAACUCAGGCAGGAGGUUUAUCACAUGCAGAAAGAGUUGUUGAAGGAAAGGACCCGCUGUAGAGCCCUGGAAGAAGAGCUGGAGAAUCCCAUGAAUGUUCACAGAUGGAGAAAACUGGAGGCCAGUGACCCAAGUACCUAUGAACUGAUUCAGAAGAUACAUGCAUUGCAGAAACGGCUUAUCAGCAAGACAGAAGAAGUGGUUGAAAAAGAGUUGCUUCUUCAGGAGAAAGAGAAGCUGUACGUAGAACUCAAACAUAUCUUAGCCCGGCAGCCUGGACCAGAAGCAGCAGAACAGCUGCAGCUAUAUCGGCACACACUACGGGAAAAAACUAAGCAACUGAAGGUUUUAUCUUCUGAGCUGAAUAUGUAUGAAUCACAGAGUCAAGAAUACAAAUACGAAAUUGAAAGGCUUGCCAAUGAGCUUCUGAAUGUCAAGAAGAAAUAUCUUACUCAAAAACGGAAAGAACAUGAAAACAAGGAAAAGGAGAGAGCCUUCAGUAACUUAGAACGUGACUUCUCCGGACAGAAGACCAGAGUUCCACGUUUCACUGGAGGUGGUUUCCCACUAAGCAACCCACCUCCCAAAAUUGUGGCCUGAACAAUUGUACAAUCACACUUCAUCUUCUGCCUUAGCAUCUCCAUCUGAACUGAAGUAACAUUUUUGGAUAUAUGUGAUAGUACUAUUGCUUUGAGGGGGGGAUUUACAGCAAAAACAUUGACUUGAGAUCACUGUGGUUUUUUAAAUCAGAGGCUGGAGUAGGCAAAUGCUGUUCUUUAUACUGUCUUAGUCAAAUGCUGCCCUAUGGAUAUCAGUGAAACUACACAACAUGAGAGAGGUGCUCAUUUUGAAGAAAACGUUUUAUUUCUGAGCAUCUUUAUUGAAGGUAAGAUGUGUUGAAAUCAGUGUGGCUUACUUCCAAGUAAAUACUUUGAGGACUUUGUGUUAAACGUGUAAUCAAGCAGUUUCUAAAAAUGCAUAGCUGCAUUGCCUCAAACUACUUCUUCCUAAAUAUACCUCUUAAAACCUUGUGAGAAAAAAAAGGACAUCACCAGCAUAGCCAUCUUAAGAAAAAUAAAGCGCUGAGAAUUGGUCUACAUUAAUUUGUGGAGCUCUAAGCUCCUGUGUAUUAUGCAGUUGCAGGAGACAUUAGGAAGAUCAGAAAAGUGUGUGGCAGUGCUAAGCCUGCACAAAUCCCAUGCUGGGGAAUGUUGUUCUUUUUUACAAUGAGCAGGUAUCAAGUAUGGUGGUAACUACUGAACAGUACCCAGAGCUUCUUUGUUGGGAAUAUGCCUUGCUUUCAUUUAAUUUGUUUCUUGUAUUCCAAAUGUGGAUGCUAAAUGUAAUCAAGCUUAAAGGAAGACAGAUCUGCAGCAUUUAAAAUGGUUCAUAUAUGGCGCCUCCCCACCAUGAUAACUUUUUCAAACCUAAGAGACCUAAUUAUUUUAUUUUUUAAUCAAAUUUAUAUCCUGCCCUCCCCUGGAUAUUAUUAGUCAUUAGCACAAUAUGAGCUCCUGCAAGAGGGGGUGGGUGGGAGUACUCAAGCUGCACAGAAUAAAAUGUUUUGAAAGUGGCUCUGGUGUGAAAUGUUUACUGUCUGCCUCAGGAGUGAAAAACUAGUCCAAAGAGAGAUCCUGAUGAAUAUUUUAUAUUUUAAAAAUUCUUUGCAAAGAUACUGAUCUUUGCUUUGGUGGAAUAAAUAAUUAAAAAUUAAAGCUGGUAUUGAAAACUA